AUGACCGCCGCUGUCGCAUCCCCCGUCGACCCCAUCGCCAAGCUCGGCGUCUCGUACAACCGCCUCGCGCUCGGCACUGCCGCCGAGUCGAUCAAGAAGCGCGACAUCACCGACGAGGAGAAGAAGGCAAAGCUCUUCGACACCUCGUACGAGCCUUCCCCCGAGUGGUGGUCGCAGAACCAGCUCGACUACGUGCGCCCCGAGGGCGAGGACCUGCUGCCUGAGGGCUUCCCCGCGCACGUCAACCCCAAGACGCUUUGGGACGGCAAGAUUCUGAUCAACCAGCCCGAGAAGUGGUUGUACAAGUUCACGCCGGCCGACAUUCAGCUCAUCGAGGCCGCCCAUGACCACUUUGUUGGGCUCAAGGUGCACAAGAACGAGAUCUCGCGCGCGACCUUCCCCAUCCCCGCCGAGUCGGCGCUGCACGCCGAGCUCCUCAACGUGACCGAGGAGAUCAACCACGGCCUCGGGCUGCGCGUGCUCCGUGGACUGCCUGUGGACAAGUGGGCGCGCGAGAAGCAGGUCAUCAUCUUUGCCGGCAUCUCGGCGUACCUCGGCGACGGGGAGCGCCAGCGCCAGGGCGACAAGAACAUCACGCACCUGCGCGACAUUACGCAGCUGCCGGCCGACAUCCGCCCCGCGAUCGUGGUCAAGGGCCAGACGUCUGGCAACCAGGUGUUCCACACGGACGGCGCUGCGUCCAUCGUCGGCCUGAUCACGCUCGGCGUCGCCGAGACGGGCGGCAUCUCGCAGCUCUCGUCGAUCGCGGCCGCGUACAACGAGCUCGCGAACAACCGCCGCGACAUCCUCCGCACCAUCGCGCAGAAGGACUGGGUCACGCGCUACUCGCCCGGCGGCCGCCCGCUCGUGUACACGCUCGACGAGGGCAAGAACGUGUCGUUCGCGUACUCGCGCCGUCCCUUCUUCGGGUUCUACGAGGCCGACGCCGACGUGCCCAAGCUCGCAGAGGACAAGCACCUCGCUCUCGACGCGCUCCACUUCACCGCCGAGAAGUUCUCGCUCGACAUCGACCUCCAGAAGGGCGACCUCGAGUACUUUAACAACCACACCGUGUUCCACUCGCGCACGUCGUCCGAGGACUCGGACGAGAACCAGCGCCACCUCCUCCGCAUCUACAUCACCAACCGCGCCCAGGAGGUGCCCGCGCCGCUUGUGCCCCUGUUCGACAAGGUCAACGACAAGAACGGACCCGCAUUCGACAAGUGGCCUCUCGAGGCCUGGGAGGACGAGUACUAG